UGUUCGCGAUGUUCGCUAUGUUCGCUGCGCCAGCUGGCCAGGCACAUCAGUCUGGUUCGCGAUGCGUCGAACAGACGCGCGACGCGGGAUUAGAGUGAUGAUUCCGACGAUGAUGAUAUUCUGCUGGUUCUCGCGAAUUCGAGAACCCAAGGCAGCAGCCACGUUGCUACACUGGGAGUUAAAAGAUCUUUGCUCCAGAACAACAGAACAACAACAACCUGGCUGUGCCGCAAAACGGCGUACAGAGCCCCAAAUGUCAACGCGCCAUUUACAAACCACUCAACAUUACUUGGAUCCGUCCAGUUACCAAUGGGCUGCCAUCGCCCAAAUCAUCAGUGGAACAAGCAAUCGUAUGGAAGUUAGUGCCUGCAUUGCUCUUCUUCAGACGAGCUCCAAUUAUUGCACUAUACAGUUAUUUUUUUACUUCGUUGCAAUGAACUCUAAUCUGCUGAAGUUUACGAUAUUCCAUCCAGCAUCCAGAUUUCCCAAUCAGAGCUGAUAGUGGGGUGCUGAAUGAUAUCAACAAACCGUGUUCGCGUUAGAAUAGAAGACGUGUUUUUUGUGUAUUGAACACGAAAAGAGUUAAAAAAAAAAAUUCCAAGUAUGAGACGAUAUCAGAGAAACAUAGUCAUCGUCAUGUUGUUAACACUUUCGGGUUUCUUCGUGUUUUUGGUUUUGCCUGCUCCUAAGCGAAGCUACGUCGCGGAAGAAGCUCGGACGUACUACCUGCAACAGUUCUUGUCGGAUUACAACCCGGCUCCGCGUCCAUCGAACUGCGGAGCGGAGCGGGACGUGACCGCGGCGGAGCAGGAGGUUGUCGGGCGGAUGCGGGCGGCCAGGUACAACGGCACCGCCAUCAGCGAGGUAUACCAGCCGGGGUUCGACGCGCUGCCCCGCGCGUGCGCCGACUCGGGCCGCGGAGUGGACCUGCUCGUCGUGGUGCACUCCGCCUGCGGCCACGCCGACCUGCGCGCGGCCGCCAGGAUGACGUGGAAGGCGGCGGCUAGCCUGCCGGGAGUCGCCGCGGUCUUCCUGCUGGGCAGGACCCGCGACCGCGAGCUGUCGCGGCGCGCGGCGCGCGAGGCGGAGCUCUUCGGCGACGUGGUGUUGUCCCGCAACGCCGACACCUACGGCGGCCUCACGCUCAAGUCCGUCUCCAUGGCGGAGUGGGUGGCGCGCCACUGCCGCCGCGCCGGGUUCGUCCUCAAGGCCGACGACGACGUGUUCCUGAACGUCGUCCGCCUGCUGCAGCUCGUCCGCCUGCCGGAGGUGGCCGCCUCGACCAGGAGCUUCUUCGGCAGGCUGACCCGCGGGGCGAAGCCCGUGCGGGACCCCUCCAGCAAGUUCCACGUCCCCGAGGCGGAGUUCCCCGGGGACACGUACCCCGACUACCUGCAAGGGUCCUCCUACCUGUACACGGGCGACCUGUCGCAGGACCUGUACGCCUGGGCCGUCGCGCAGGACUUGUUCAGGAUGGAGGACGUGUUCGUCACGGGGUUCCUGGCGGACGUGCUGCAGGCCAGGAGGGUGGACGUCGGCCGCUUCCAGGCCGACUACCGCACCGUCAGGAGCGGGUGGAAGCGCCGCAGGGUGGACCCUUGCGACCUGAGGAGCAGGGUCGUGGUUCACUAAGUCGACUACGAGACGAUCUUCGAGCUGUGGGGCGCUCUGUUCGGCCGACUGCACAGGUGCAAUGCGAGUUCACUUGUCGAUCGAUGGGUUCUUAAAUGACGCCAAUUAUUAUAGCUCUCCGUGCACGCGCCUGUGUUCCUGCAGCACACCGACGAUCUCUCUUUUGGGAAUCGCUUCUCUCAAGUUAUGGACUUAUUCAGGGUUGAUACUAUAUCCAACUGUUUAUUCCCGUGUCUCGAAAAGACGAUGCCAAGUGUUGCCAUGACAAGUGUUAGCAAAGACAGGAAUAAGUUCGAGUAUAAUUGAAGUGAACUCGCUUACAUGAUUUGAGAACCAGGGUUCGUUAAUGUUACGAGUUCAUUGUGAGCGAGCAAAGUAGUCAAUGAAGUCGUGCAUUUCAUUAAUGAUUUUAUGUGACACACGAUUUAAUUCUCAAGCACACAGAGCUGAACCGAACGAAAAUGAUGAGUUUAAAAACGCAAUUAACAAGGAAAAAUAAAAUGAUAUUAAAUUGUGUUUGAA